CUCACGUUUUCAUCCACGUUAUUGGCUGUGUGCCACAACACCCGAGCGCUUUGUUGUAUAAGAAGGGAGAGAGGUACUCGGUGGACACGUUGAAGAGCUAAACAGCAUUCUGCCCUGCCCCCUCCAGCACUGACCAGUAUGGCCGGACACUCGCCUUUCCUCAUUGCCUUGGUGGUAGGCAACCUGGUGGCGUUCAUCGCCAACCAGUUCCUCAGUCUACUGGGCAACACCAGAGAGUUUCUGGGUAUCGAGACAAAACUCUACCCCAAUACGAUUGGAAAUAUCUCGGACAAAUUUGCACUCGAGAUCACACCCUCUGGUUCCACCUUCAGCAUCUGGGGUGCCAUCUACGUAUGGCAGGCCAUCUGGACCAUCUACGCCCACAUCAACAUCUGCCGCCGUGCCCCCGAUGGGUACGUCUACAAUAGUCCCGCCCUCCUCACAGCGACCUUCUUCAGUGUCUCCAUCCUCAACUGGUUUAUUGUCAUUUCCUGGACCUUUCUAUGGUGCUGGGAGCUCGUGUGGGCAGCUUUUGUGUUCCUGGCACUCACCGCUAUUUCUAUAUAUACACUCAUCGGUCUCUCAUGCAAAGCACUUGCUGAACACACCGAGACACUCAUCAAACAAGAUCGAAAAAAGGAGAUAUGGCUCAUCCGAGCACUUGUCCAAAACGGACUGGCGUUUUACGGGGCCUGGUGCACCAUCGCUACUCUCCUCAACGUUGCCACUGCGCUGACUUACGGCGACCAUCCCAAGUUUGAUCAGAGUACUUCAAGCACCAUUGCAUUAGGCAUCCUGACCUUUGAACUUCUUGUCUUCUUUAUCUCAGACUUGACAAUACUGGACAGACAUACGAGGUAUAUUUUUAGCGAGUACAUCGUCGUGGUUAUCGCCCUUUCCGGAAGUAUCACUAAGAACUGGAAUCCUGCGAAGAGGAAUUCCAUCUUCACAGCUGUACUACUGGCUAUGGCGGCGUUGUGUUUAGUGGUGAAGGUGGUCGUGAUGCUGUGGCGUCACUUCCGGGGCGCACAGAGACAGAAAGUGUUCGUUCCAACGACGGAAUCAAAGCAGGACGGAGGAACAGCGUAACAUCACCAGAUCUGAUGACAAUUCUUUAUACAUCACAUCACCCCUAAACGGGCAUUAUUCAUUCUAACAAUUAUGUGCAUUACGGGAACGUGGUAUGUUUUGUCAGUUGUGAUCAUACAAGGAUGCCACCCUUGGGUUUUUAACUCUUGCCGUUAUAUUGUUUGGUUUCUUUAUACACCACAAUUACAUCUUUUGCUCACCAUUCGGAGGAAAUCACUGCUGUUUCCGAUUUACCUUAUACUCUGUGGAUACUUCAAAAAAAUAUUUCACUGUGUAAUAUGUUCAUUCAACCAGCCUGUAUUAUGUCUUGUUCUGACAUAUCCAUUUUAUUGUAACUAUGUAACGUUUCAUUUGACAGAAAUAAAGUGCGUAUUUUUGCAAA